CCAGAAAAAUUUGACGAUCAACAUCAACAAAACUCGAGGCAGCCGGACGGUCGCUGUCUCUCUCUCUCCCUCACGAUGGCUAAAACUAAAGAAACUAAUAAAACGGACAAGAAGGAAGCGAAGAAAGAUAAUGACAAGAGUGAUGGCGACAUUAAAGAAGAACUUUCAGAAGAGGAUAAACAGUUACAAGAGGAGCUGAACAUGUUGGUGGAAAGGCUACAGGAGUCGAACACUGACCUGUACAAGCCAGCACUGGAGCAGAUCCGCUCUCUCAUCCGUUCCUCCACCACCUCCAUGACCAGUGUACCCAAGCCACUCAAGUUUAUGAGACUCCACUACCAGACAAUGAAGGAAAUUUAUGACAAAAUGAAGGAGAAUAAAUUGAAGAAGUUCGCUUCUGACAUUGUAUCAGUUUUGGCAAUGACUAUGUCUGAGGAGCGGGAGUGUCUUAAGUACCGGCUGCUUGGCCAGCGUGGUGACAUAGGUGCCUGGGGCCACGAGUAUGUCAGGCAUCUGGCAGGUGACAUUGCUCAAGAAUGGGAAACUCUUGGGGAAGAUGAUGAUGCACGACGAGCAGAACUAAUCAGUGAGGCGCAUGUUAUUGUCCCUUAUCACAUGCAGCACAAUGCCGAGGCAGAAGCUUGUGAUCUUCUGAUGGAGAUGGAACAGUUAGAUCUCCUCACCUCACAAGACUAUGUUGAUAAAGAUGCAUACCAACGUGUGUGUUUGUACCUAACAAGUUGUGUGCCAUAUGUACCAGAUCCUGAGAACACUAACUUGCUCCAAACAUCCCUUCAACUUUACCGUAAAUUUGGUCAGUACCCACAAGCUAUGAGACUGGCUCUGCAGCUUCAUGACCUAGAGCUCAUCAAACAGCUCUUUGAUGAGUGUCCAGAUAAACUGGUGAGAAUGCAAGUGGCAUUCAUGCUGGGAAGACAGCAAGUAUUUUUGGAGCUGCCUGAAGAAAUGGACGAUUAUGAAGACUUUACAGAGAUCCUUUCAAACUCUCACCUCAACACCCACUUCCUCUCUCUUGGUCGUGAGUUGGAUAUCAUGGACCCCAAGACCCCAGAGGAUAUAUAUAAAUCUCACUUAGAGAACAACCGCCCCACCUUUGGCCCUGGUCAGGUGGAUUCUGCACGUCAGAACCUUGCUUCAUCAUUUGUGAACGGCUUUGUUAAUGCUGCCUUUGGAACAGACAAAUUGCUUACUGAAGAUGGAAAUAAGUGGCUGUAUAAGAAUAAAGAACAUGGUAUGUUAAGUGCAACAGCAUCCCUGGGUUUAAUCCUCCUGUGGGAUGUUGACGGAGGCCUGACACAGAUUGAUAAAUACCUGUAUUCGGCGGAGGAUUUCAUCAAGUCGGGUGCACUCCUGGCUUGUGGUAUUGUCAACAGUGGCGUGAGGAAUGAAUGUGACCCGGCUCUUGCCCUCCUCUCUGACUACAUUGGACAUAAAACUAUGGUUAUCCGAAUUGGUGCCAUCUUAGGCUUAGGUCUUGCAUAUGCUGGUAGCAACAGGGAGGCUGUACUAAAGGUGUUAACACCUGUGUUGUCUGAUGAGAAGAGCUCACUAGAAGUUGUGGGUAUCACAGCUCUUGCCUGUGGGAUGAUUGCUGUUGGCACCACCAAUCAGCUGGUUGUAGAAGCUCUUGUUACUACUCUGUUAGCCAGGUCUGAGACAGAGCUCAAGGAAACCUAUUCCAGGUUCAUGUCUCUAGGGCUCGCACUCUCAUAUUUAGGUUGCCAGGAUAAGUGUGAAGUUGUACUCUCCUGUAUUGAGAACCUCCCGGCCCCCUUCCGCCAGAUGACUGCCACUCUUAUUGAGGUGUGCGCUUAUGCUGGCUCUGGUAAUGUCCUGAAGGUUCAGGAGAUGUUACAUAUAUGCACAGAUCACUAUGACCAGGAGGAGACCAAAACCAAGGACAAGAAGGACAAAGAUAAGGACAAGGAUAAGGAUAAAGAUAAGGACAAGGAUAAGGAAAAGGAUAAAGAUAAGGCAGAAGAGAAGGAGGUUGAUUUAUCAUCGCAACAGGCUGUAGCUGUCCUUGGUAUUGCUCUCAUAUCAAUGGGUGAAGAUAUUGGAGCAGAGAUGUCAUUCCGCCAGUUUGGCAAUUUGUUACGUUACUGUGAGCCAGUAAUCAGACGAGCGGUACCUUUAGCAUUGGGCCUCAUUUCAGUUUCUAAUCCAAGACUUAACAUUCUGGACACCCUGAGUAAAUUUUCUCAUGACUCAGAUGCAGAUGUUGCACACAAUGCCAUCUUUGCUAUGGGUCUAGUGGGUGCAGGUACCAACAAUGCAAGAUUGGCUGCCAUGUUGCGUCAGCUUGCUCAGUAUCAUGCUAAAGACCCCAACAAUCUCUUCAUGGUGCGUCUCGCUCAGGGACUAACUCAUCUCGGCAAGGGCACCAUGACCCUCUCCCCUUACCAUAGUAACCGGCAACUCAUGUCACCAGUUGCAGUGGCUGGAUUACUGGCCACCUGUGUAGCAUUCCUCGACACUAAAACACUGAUUCUGGGGAAGAGCCACUACCUGUUGUACUGCCUCACCACAGCCAUUCAGCCACGGAUGCUUGUUACCUUUGAUGAACAACUCAACCCUCUCCCAGUAUCUGUCAGAGUUGGUCAGGCUGUUGAUGUUGUUGGCCAGGCAGGCAAGCCAAAGACCAUCACCGGGUUCCAAACUCACACAACUCCAGUUCUCUUGUCUCAUGGAGAACGUGCAGAACUUGCCAUAGAUGAAUACAUACCUCUAACGUCAAUCAUGGAAGGUUUUGUCAUCCUGAAGAAAAAUCCAGAUUUUGACACAUAGGAAGCUUUGGUAGGUUAGGGCAGUAGUAGUAUUGAUUAUAUUUACAUUGUUCACGUUUUAUAUUUUGGUCAAAGCGUCGGUUUAAAGGCUCCUGUGUACUUCAUAAAUCCUCAGGUAUAUUCCAGUCCAAUUUUAACUGGGGUGAGGACAAACACCAGUGUGAAGCAUUGCUAUAAUUAAACCUUUUUUUUUUAAUUUUAGUGGUGGUUUUGACAAAUUAUUUUGGACAGAACUAUAUUUUUUCUUUUAUUAUUGGGGUUUCAGUCUACACUAACUGAAUACUGAAUGGAAGUGUAAAGUUCAGAUUUUGAAGGCUAUACUAUGAAGAGACUGCUUCAUGCAUUGUAUGUAACAAUGUAAGUAAUAUAUGUCAUUAUUUGUAUUUAAUAAACAAAAAACAGGAA